GGCGGUGCUCCAGCAUGGCAUUUCGUCCGUUCUGAGUUCAAAUUCCGCCGACAUCGAAUUUACCUUUCAUCCCUUCGCGAUCGAUGAAAACAAGCACCAGUCGAGCCUGGCCUUGUGCUAAAUUAUGAACCGAAUAUUUAUGCCCACUCUCAAACCUGUUAAAACAAGCUAUAAGUUACUAUGAGAGAACAAAAUCGUCCACGUUUAAGUGAGUCUAAAUAUAACAGGUGAACAGAGGGUUAAUGGCGAUUUAGGAGUGUCUUUUGUCAACGUUUUUGUGUUUUUAAUCCCUUCACCUUCACCUCCACCUCCAUUCUCCAUGCUUACAAAUAUUCUGCAAACAACAUCGGUCGAAGGAUUGCCUGGCAUUUGAAGUGUCCUUUGUUUUGUUUCUUUUCAAUUCUAUUACGUUUAAAAAAAAUAACCAAUAAAAUCAGUAAAGCUCCGGAGUUGAUUGUGUUCCCAUUAUCCGACAAUCCUUUAAAAAUGCUCUGUUUAUAAAAGCUUUGGUUAAACGACAAGUCAGUCGUUCAUAGUGAAGUUGGGCUUUCACUAAAAGGACUCGAGAGGUUGCAAAGAUCCACAACAAACAUAUUUCUAAAAUGAAUUUCGUGUAUACUGUUCUUUUUUUCUUACAACUACCCAUGUUGCUGUCUGCGGAGAAAACUUUUACGGCCGCAGUUUUUGAACCGACUAUACCAAGCAGGUCGCCAAUGGGUUUCGUUUCGCGUUACAAUGCCGUUGAACAAAUGAAAAAUGUCCUGAAUGGAUAUGCUGACGUUGCUGCAAAUGCCAGCGAAAAGGGUGUGGAUAUUUUGGUGUUUCCUGAAAACGGCCUCAUCGCACAUUUGGACUAUGUCACUCGUCUUGGUAUUAGGAGCUUUCUCGAUACUAUACCAGAGCCUAACAAAGAGAAACCGUGGAUUCCAUGUGACGAACCUGAUCUCUAUCCAAGAACAGAAAUUCAGGAAGCUAUUAGCUGCAUUGCCAAGAAGAACAAGAUUUAUCUUGUAAUCAAUGUUGGAGACAUGCAACCCUGCAAUCGUACAGAUGCAAACUGCCCUUACGAUGGACGUUACCAAUACAACACAAAUGUUGUCUAUUCAUCUGAAGGUGCUCUUGUUUCCAGAUAUCACAAGAAACAUCUUUUUUAUGAGCCUUAUUACAACUCCCCCAAGACUGCAGAAUAUGGAGUGUUCGAUACCCCGUUUGGCCGUUUUGCAAGCAUUGUAUGUUUUGAUAUCUACUUCAAUGACACGCUAAAUGAAUUAAUAAAGAAACAUCAAGUUUCAAAUAUUCUUUUUCCAAAUCUAUGGUUCGAUACGCCUCCUUUCUUUUUAGCAUCCUUAUUCCACAAUUCGAUUGCCAAAGCCUUUAAUAUAAACCUCAUUUCUGCAAAUAUCAAAAUAAAAAAUUUCGUACGAGGCGGAAGUGGAAUUUACACACCCUCAGUAAAUCGUUAUAUAUAUAAACCCUUAAACCUUGCUCCUUCGGAUGAAUAUAUUCAGUUACAAGUUAAAAAUCUUGGGAAGUCAGAAAGAAAAUUUCCUUGGCCACCAAAACGUGCAGUUCCCAAAUCAGACAACCCCGAUGUUAAAAUUGCACGUAUGACAAAACUGUUCUCUGUAUCUGCUGUGUUACUUCAGAAGGAUUCAGGCGUUGUUAGCGUGUGUAAAUACAAUGCAUGUUGUUCGCUUCAAUAUGAAUUCACGUCUAACAGAACUUCUGCGUUUAAAAUCAACUAUAUUUUAGCAAUCGGCAACGAGAAAACUGUCGAUCUCACUAAUCCAGAGGGUGUAGAUAUGCAAUCAUGCAUUUUAUGUCCAAUCAAAAAUGAAAAAAUAUCAUGUUUGAUGUCUUUACCGGCUGGUAUCCCCGAUGGAGAUGUUAGCUUUCGCAAAUUAAAGAUGACAGCUCACAAUUUUAAUACUUCUUAUUUUUUCCCCCAUAUUGCCACUUUUAAUUCAAGUACUUAUGAUAUCAAUACAUCUUGGAAGCACGACAGAGGAGAAAUAGAAAUUACAGAACCUGUUGACAAGAUUUUUAAUGCUGUUAUAUUUGGAAGAUUGUAUCCCAAUUCUUCCACAGCCACAUUUGCAGUAUUUCCAGCCAUUCUAAUAAUCUUGUUAAAUUUAAUAUCAAAGGAACUACUUCUUUAAGAUAUUUCCCCUUCUUUUCCUCCUCACGCUCAACUGCAUUUUUGUGGAACUUCCUUGAAGAUGGUUUUAUUCUAUCUCCUGAUCUUCAAGACAAAACAAAACUUAUGUACAUGACACGUGUUAACUGUAACAUUCGACUUUCGAAAAUAAUAAAUAAAAUAUAUUGAGAAUUAAGUAUCACAUAGUUAUCCCCCCUUCACCGUAUUUCGAAAAGUAUGAAAAUGUUAUGGACACUGUCUCCAAAUUUACUAAAAAUAAGAAACAUCAUUUGUUUUAUUCAUUAAUCAAUAAAAUCCAUAUGCUCUUAA